CCUUCCCCAGCUGAACGAGAAAUUGUACGUGAUAUCAAAGAGAAGCUGUGUUAUGUUGCCUUGGACUUUGAGCACGAGAUGGCCACUGCUGCUGCUUCUUCUUCACUGGAAAAGACCUACGAGUUACCAGAUGGUCAAGUAAUAACUAUCGGCAAUGAAAGAUUCCGAUGUUCGGAAGCAAUGUUUCAACCUUCUUUUCUGGGAAUGGAGUCUUGUGGCAUUCACGAGACUACUUUCAACUCCAUCAUGAAAUGUGACGUGGAUAUCCGUAAGGACCUGUAUGCCAACACGGUGCUGUCAGGAGGAAGCUCCAUGUUUCCAGGCAUUGCUGAUAGAAUGCAAAAGGAAAUCGGUUCACUUGCUCCAAGCACAAUGAAGAUCAAAAUAAUAGCCCCACCCGAAAGAAAGUAUUCCGUGUGGAUUGGGGGAUCUAUCUUGGCUUCUCUUUCUACAUUCCAGCAGAUGUGGAUCUCGAAACAAGAGUAUGACGAAUCUGGGCCAAGUAUUGUUCACCGCAAGUGUUUCUAAACUUAAUUUUCUAAUUAAAUUUCACUAGCGGUCAGUUCAUUUUUCCCGAGAUUUUUUUAACUGCCAGGCUAAGGAUGUAACAAAACGGAAGGCCAUAAAGCCGUAAGCACUAAUAUCUACAACUCUGUCGUAAAGUGCUUUAAUAUAAGUCUUUAAUUCGGUGAUGUUUCUUUGGAGGGGAAGGGUGAGUAUAGUGACUUAAAGUAAAAUGAAUGCUUCUCUUUUAUUUUUUUAUACUAAUGUUUGAAACUACCCUUACCAAUGGUAUUUUUUUGUGCAAAUAUUUAAUUUAAAAUUAACACCACUUAAGUUAACAUUAUG